AUGUCGCAUUUAUAUCACUCUCUAGGUAAGGAGCAUUCAUACUUUGAUAAAAAAAACUAUUCUAAAGAAGCUUGGCUUGAGAAGAUAUCAAAGUCUACAACUGUAUAUGUUGGGAAUUUAUCCUUUUUCACUCCAGAGCAUAUCAUAUACGAACUAUUUAAUUCUUGUGGACCAGUUAAACAAGUAAUUAUGGGUUUAAACUCGCAAACUCUUCAAUUUUGUGGAUUCUGUUUUGUACAAUACUACGACCAUAAAGAUGCGCUAGCAGCUGUAUCCUUUUUAAACCAGUCAUAUUGCGAUGGCAGAGAGAUUAGAGUUGACUGGGAUUCAGGUGACAAUAUACUAGAAAAUAGGCGUUAUGGAAGAGGAACUGCUGGGUUUCAGUGGAGAGAUGAACUUAGAACUCAAAUAGAUCCUGACAGGAUCAUCCCAGGAACUAUAAUGGACGGUGGUAGAGGUCUAAACUUUUCACAUGGGACAAAUUAUCACAGCAAGAAAAACUACAAUAGAAAUAGAACUUACAGAAGAAAUAACAGCGGAUACAACAAUACUAGAUCACAUCACAGAAUUAGACAUUCAAGUGAUGCUAAUUUGUUUAAUGAUGAUUACCCAGUAUAUAUAGAUUAUUAA